AGCGAGCCGAGCCCCAACAGGAGCCGGGCCGGGGGGGGGCGGGUUGGGCGGGCGGGGGGGGUCCUCUGAGGGGGUCUCGCUCGGCGCGGCCAUGGAGGCGGACGGCAGCCAGGCUACCUCGGGGAGCCCCGGCGAGGCGCAGCACGACCCCGGCAAGAUGUUCAUCGGCGGCCUCAGCUGGCAAACCUCACCAGACAGCCUUAGAGAUUAUUUCAGCAAGUUCGGGGAGAUCCGGGAGUGCAUGGUCAUGCGGGACCCCACCACCAAGCGCUCCAGAGGCUUCGGGUUCGUUACGUUCGCGGAUCCGGCGAGUGUAGACAAAGUCCUGGCUCAGCCCCACCACGAGCUGGACUCUAAGACGAUUGACCCUAAAGUUGCAUUUCCCCGACGAGCACAGCCUAAGAUGGUCACAAGAACAAAGAAAAUAUUUGUGGGUGGCUUAUCGGCUAACACGGUAGUGGAGGACGUAAAGCAAUACUUCGAGCAGUUUGGCAAGGUAGAGGACGCCAUGCUUAUGUUUGACAAGACGACCAACAGGCAUAGAGGAUUUGGCUUCGUAACUUUUGAAAAUGAAGACGUGGUGGAAAAAGUCUGUGAAAUUCAUUUCCACGAAAUCAAUAAUAAAAUGGUAGAAUGUAAGAAAGCACAACCUAAAGAAGUGAUGUUUCCGCCAGGGACGAGAGGAAGGGCGCGUGGAUUACCGUAUACCAUGGACGCUUUUAUGCUAGGGAUGGGAAUGUUGGGUUACCCAAAUUUUGUUGCAACGUAUGGCCGAGGAUAUCCCGGAUUUGCCCCCAGUUACAGCUAUCAGUUCCCAGACUAUUUGCCGAUUUCACAAGACAUAAUUUUUAUCAACUAGUUCUUAAAGAUGCAUAACAAAUUAAUCGGGGUUUACUACAGUGCUAAUGAGAGCGAGACAAAGCCUGGGUGGUCCAUGUUUAAUAUCAAUGUCCACUGAAAAAUUGCUGCUCUUACUGGCUGGUUUGAAUGACUGGACUCUUAAAUUCUCUUUUUUAAAGGCUCCAUAUCCUCACUGCUUUGAGUUUGCUUUUUAUUUCCUUUUGGGGUUUAUUGGGUUUUUUUUCCUCUGCUUUGUGAUGAGUUUAUAAUGCCCACUUGGAAUGUAACUCACAAGGAUGGGGAUCAGGGGCGUUAUGAAGGCAUGACUUCUCACAAACUUCUUAGAAGUGAUUUUAUCAUGGAAGCAAAACACAAUGAUGGGGGUCUCACAAACAGCCCCAAAGAGGGACACUGGCUCCUGUUAACACAGCGACAUUGAGCAGUAGCACAAAUCAUCACCAGCGUCUCCUGUCACUAGGAUCGUUAGCAACACAGGGUUUAAUUGCUCAAAAUGAGUGUCCUGUGCCUGCAGGUGUGACCCUGUGACUGGUGGCUGUGGGUGCAGCAGACCCACAUGUGGUUUCUCCUCUUCCGUUCCCUUUGGUUGCUGGCUCUUUCUAGAGCUCUCAUAAUCAUCAUAGAAUCAUGGAAUGGUUUGUGUUGGAAGGGACCUUAAAGCUCAUCCAGUUCCAACCCCCUGCCACGGGCAGGGACACCUUCCAAUAGAGGAGGUUGCUAGAAGCCAUCAGAACCGGGGCCUGGGGAGCUGCUGCCCUGUCCAAUGCCUUGUCACCAGUGAUGCUCCCCCAUUCUCUGUGUGAUUGAUUCUAAUUCCAGCCUUUGCUUGCAAACCAUGGGAUGAGCUCUCCCCUGCCAGCUUCAGCUGUAUCGCACCUCUUCAUCUCCACCCAAAUCUCAGAGGAGCCGCAAGCCCAUGCGGCCAUGGCUCCAUCCAUUGGCUUCAUUAACAAGACCAGGUUCUGACAUUUGGGUAGCAAACACACAUCUUAUUUAAAUGCUGGUUUUCUUGAAGUGUUUCUACCCAUCUCAUAAGUUUGUGAGAAGUAAAUUGCAUGCUUACAGUAGAACUGUAAUGCAUUUUAAUGUUUGUUAAUCCACUUGUUCAAAAUGUCAGUGUCAAAGGCUCUACAAUACACGGCUGUGCUGUUCAUUUCAUUAAAGAUGCUUGAUGUAAUAAUUGGGUAGUUUUCUUUUGACUUUCCUGCAGGCAAUAGCAUUUUUUCUUUAAUCUGUAUGGCUUCUUAUUAUUUUGUUUGGGUUUUUUUUUGCUAUGAAUUGCUUUGCUUUUGUGAACUUGUCCUGGUGUGCAUGAUUUGCAAACAUUUCUGCUGUUGUGAAUUUUCUCAUUUUUUGUAAAUAGUCCAUCUGUGCUUUUCUUUUUUUUUUUUUCUUUUUUUUUUUUGGUUGGUUUUUUUUUAUGCCUUUUCUCCUGUAAGUACCUGAGGUAGAAAACGAUAAUAAAUUGUUUACAACGGC